UUACCGACAGCCGUGUUAUUCACGCUAAAGUUUCAUUUGGCGUUGUAGCAAACAUUAUAACGGAUGCACACACGUGAAUCGUUCAGUAUCGUAUAGUUUGAAGUAUGUCGUGACGUUUUAUUUUUUAAAACAGCACUGACUUCAGAAAGCUGUCAGCAGCACACCAGAAAGAGUGUCACUGUUUAAGCUUUGGGUGGCUAACGUUAGCUAAGUCAGCUCAGUGCUGUUGCUCCCGGUGUUGCUACAGAGUUGAGAUCUGCCUGGUUAGCAAAGUGAUCGAGAUAGUCCGAAAAUGAGCUCCAAAGACGAUGUUCGCGUUCUGGUUUUGGAGGAGCAGGUGAAGAGUUUAUCAGAUGAGCUGUUGCAGUGCCAGGCAGACAAGGAGUUUGUGUGGUCUCUGUGGAAAAGGCUGCAAGUGGCAAAUCCAGACUUGACCCAGGCUGUCAGUUUGGUGGUUGAGCGUGAGAAGCACAAAGCUGAGAUUAAGGACAGGAAAGUGUUGGAGAUCCUGCAGACCAAAGACUACAAGAUCCAAGAGCUGGAACAGAAAGUGACCGAGCAGCAGCGGGAGAUUAACAGCUUUUUACAAAGGAGGACGACAGGGGAAGAGGAGAGUGAUUUACUGAAGAAGGAGCUGACAGCUCUGCACGAGCAACUGGUCAAUAAGAGUCAGGAACUUAAGGAAAUGAAGACAAAAUGUGGGAGGAAAGAGGAGGAGGAGCGGCAGGUGGUGCAGGCUCUAGAGAAGGAGAAAGAGGGAUUAACUUCCCGCUGCGCCGCCCUGCAAGCUGACCUGGAGGAGAAGCAGAGGCAGGCCAGCAGCCAACGAGACCAGAGGGAUGCUGCUCAGACCAGAAUAAAGGAACUGGAGGAGAAACUGCACAGUGCCUGUCAGGAGCUGUCUGCCUUGCAGAGCCGCAGCAGUAGCCUAGAAGCUCAGCUUUCUUCCAAAGACUUGCAGUUAGCAGCAAAAGAGGAGCAACUUGAUCGGCUUUGUCGUGAUUUUGCAGAAGUGCAGGCCCUGUACAGAAAGAGCACAGAGCAUGCAGCAGAGCAGAGCCACCUGAUCAAGCAGCUGGAGGGACUCAACCUCGAUACACAGCGAGUCCUGCGGAACCAAGAAGAGGCUCACUCUGCUGACACUACCUCCUAUCAGCAGCUAUACAAGGAGUUGAGUCAGUGCUACCAGGCUCUCGUGUCUAGUGAGGCCAAGCUCCGUCAGAGUCACCAAGAGCUGUGCGGCCAGCUGGCGCAGAAAGACCAACACAUCUUAGAGCUCUGAGCCGAGCUACAGCAGCAGGAACAAAUACAAGUUCAGCAACAGCAGCAGCAACAACAGCCUCAACAAACAGCCCUUUACCCCUCGCCACAUAAACAAACCAACUUUAAGGCAGUGGUGUCAGAGCAGGUUGAUGCUGCAGCCCAGAGGUCUGGCCCUAACUCUGACCAGGCCUCUACUCGAGGUUCACAUCUUAGGCCAGAGGGCAAUACUUUCCAUCAUAGAUCUGCCAGUUCCAUCAGAAGACAGCAGGGUGCACCUGUGCAGCGGUCCAGGUCCCUGUCCCCAGCUGGCAGUGUGGGGUUUGGAAGUGAGAGGAGAAAAGAGGCAGAACAGAGGAUUCAAGACCUCGAGGAGCUGCUGCAAUUGAAGAUGGACGAGAAUGAAGAGCUGAGGAGAGCUCAUGAUAAACGUCGUGAACGCCUGCGUUUGAUUCAGACCAAUUACAAGGUGGUCAGAGAUCAGCUGAAAGAGCUGGAGAAAUCAAAUGGCUUGCCAGGUGGAAGGAUACAGCGUCCCGCGUCAUGGCAGCUACGGCAAGAGGACAGUGAUGCUGUAUGGAAUGAGCUGGCCUACUUGAAAAACCUCACCAGAAAACUUUCCGUUGAAAAAGCUGGCUUGGAAGAAGAGCUGGACAUGCUGCGAGUCCAGGCUGCCAUGGACCGGGCCACAGUAAAGGAACUCCACCUCUGUCUUGCGAAUGAGCACCAAGAACUACUUCACAAAGUGGUAGAGGAGCAGCAGGUCAAAAGCAGCACUCGGAAAAAGCCUUCUCUUCUUUCAGGUCGGAUGGAGCAGUCAUUUAAAAAGAUUGAUCAGCUGGAGCAAAGAAUGAUAAUCCUGCAAGAGCAGACAGAAAGGCUGAAAGAAGAAAAAGAGCAGCUACUCGAGGCCAACGAAGACUUGGCCGACAAACUCCAAACCUCUUUGGAUCAUCUAAGAACCCAGGAAGCUGUUCAUGAAAAGGCAGCCCGUGCUCAGGCCCUGGCCCAGAAGGAGCAGCAUUGUAGUGAGAUCAAGGCUCUGGAAGCACAGCUGGCCUCAUCUCAGAAAGAUGCUACCAAGCUUCAUCAGCAGCUGCUGAAGCUGAGACAGGAGCUGGGGAUUCUCAGAGCGGCCAGGGACUUCUAUAGGAAUCGUGCAGCAGGACCAGUGCGGGCAGGUGGGAUCGCUAACAGCAUUAGCAGCAAGGUCAAAUUCAAAACAGCUAGGCACAGAGGUCUGCUAUGCCAGCGCAGCCACCAAACAGUCAGUGCCAAUCAAGCCAUCAGCUGGCAAGGCCCCAGCGCCGGUGCUGCUAAAGAUGAGUGGGAGGACAUGAGUGUAGAAAGUGACAGCGCUGAGGAGUACUCGGACAGUCUCAACAGUGUGCCCUCAGGGACAGUGCUUCACAGACAGCACGCUAAUAGACAGUCCUACAGGUGUUCGCCGACCUCAAACACAGAAACACCGGCAGCAGAAUCCAACAGAAAACAACCCCCCGUUCUGGCCCGAGACGAUGAACAGCAUGAGCCGUGGGAAUGUGGGACAAGAGGAGAGAAAAGACGGCGGAGGAGGAAGAGGAUGCUUGUGAAGACCCAGCGCUGCUCCUCCUCUUCUCUGCAGCAGCGCAUUGAGUCUCUACAGCGUCACAUUGACAUACUGCGAAGUGCCAGGAAAGAUGCUAUGCUUUCAGCCAGAGAGCUACAAAGGGCCAAUGAGAUGAUCACAGCACAGCUCAACUCCCUCACUGAGAAACUCUGCAGCAGCAAGCAGCUCACGCAGAAGCUGACCUCUGACCUGGUUGGUGUGCAGCAGCAGAAAAAGGUUUUGGAGAUGGAGUUGGAGCAGUGGAAGCAGAUCAAAUUCCCCCCGCAAACUACAAUACCACCAACAGCACCAGUGAACGCAGAGCCCUGCUGCCAGUGCAGAACCAUACCUGCCCCGGCUAACCCUGCCCUCCAGGCCAUGGAAGCUGAGGUCAAACAACUUCAAGCCAAACUUAAGAGUGCAAGUGCGGAGGUCACGAGGCAGGUGGCAGCUAACAAAGCCCUGCGAGGCCAGCUCCAGGAGAAGGAGGACAAGCUCUGCCAGCUGCAGGACAAGCUGAGCCACACAGAGCGAGACGUGAACAUGAAAAGGCAGCUGGUGGAGGACCUGAAGACAAGACUCAAGUUCCUCCAGGAAAUGGAGAAAAGUUACCGAGGACAGGUGGAGGAGCUAGAAAAGAAGGUGAAGACUUUAUCAGAGGAGGCCACCAACAGAAAGGCCUUAAUUGAAUCUCUGAAGAGAAGGCUGAAUGUGGCGACAACAGAGAAAAGCCAGUACGAGGCCUCCUGCGCAAAACUGAAAGAGGACUUGGGAAAAAAGGAGCAGCGCAUGCAUGCCCUACAGGCUCGUGUGGGAGCUGGUGAGCAGGCUUUAGCUGCACUGGAACAGACAGCCACUGAGCAAAUGGAGGGGUUGACCCAGCAGAGCUCCCAUGCCUUGGAAAGGGUUCAGAGACAGCUAGGCCAGGCCUGCUCCCAACUGGAGCAGCUUCAUUCUUUUAUCAAGGCCCUGGCCAGUGAAAUACUUUUAGACGUUCAAGAGGUCAAGCAGCAGUUGAUGAAGAGGAGGAGGUUGAGGCAGGCCAACUCUGUGGCAGCAAAGGGCGGCCUCUCAGCCAAGUCUAUGAUCAAAGCCAAGUCCAUUGCUGCCUCCAUCCUCAAUAUGUCAGAGAAUGAUCUUGCAGACAUAAUGGAAACUGAUCAGGGGAUGGCAGAUUAUUCAGAGUUUCCUAGAGACCAGGAGUGGCUGGACCAUGUAAACCACAUCCUCCAGCAGAAGAUCCCCUCUGCCGGCCAGCUAAUGGAGGCUGUGCGCGUGAAGAUGAAGGAGAGGAAAGUGCUGACAGAAGAGCUGGCCACGCUCGCAACACCAGUCAGCGAAAAAGCCUGACUCCCUGGGCUGAGGCUGGGAAAACUGUCAUCCUCUUCUUUUCCUCCCUCCCUUCUUCUCUCCCUCCCCAGCUCCUACUCGGUGGGAGCCGGGCUGAGCCAAGCUGGGCCGGGGCAGCAGAACCAAUAUUUGUGAGAAAAGCGCUGUCGACUCACUCUGGGCCACUGGCUCAACGCAGCACCCCAGCUUUUGUAAAUGAGCCCUCGACAUCUGUGUUAGCGCUCACUGCACUAUGUCUAUCAGACAGGGCCCUUUGGUGCCAAGCUAAUUUACGGUGCAGCCACUCUCCUCCGCGCUCAACGCAGACCUGGGGUGAUAAGGCAAAUGCUUACUCUAAUGUUUAAAUUAGACUUUUUAAAACUUUCUUUUACCCCUUCCCCCUAAUUUAUUUGGCACCUCAAGGACUUUGGGUUGCAGGGACUUGACCUACCAACGCCUAGUCGACACUUUCAGAAGGUCCAAAGCAACAGAGAGCAGAAUAUUCACUGCAAGGAGCUCCCGAACAUAUUACUCUCAGAGAUGCAAUCUAGUGAUUGAACCUUACUCUGUUCCAUUUUAUGAAAUGCACUGCAAGUUUUUAAUUUUGACGGAUAUUUUUAAAGCAUCUAUUCAUUAUUUGUUGGGUAAUUAUGUUAAGUAUUGCUUGAUUUGCUUAAUUUCUAAAUA